GACACCAAGAUCUACAAACCCUACAGAAUCAAAAUUCCCCAACCACACACCCAACACAUACCAAGGGAAGAGAAGUAAGUGCAAGAAGAAUAGCAGCAAAUGUAAGAUCUGUCACCACAGGCAAAUGUACAGAGAUGUGGCGUGGAAGCAGCAGAGAGAAAAAAUGCUUUGUGAGGGUGUAAAUGGUUGAGGUCAUGCAUGGGCAGGAGCGGUGGAACCAACAUCAAUCUAGAGAACCCUUGAAGAAAGAGAAGAUCUUUUGGAUUGGGAGCUCCAGGAUCCCAGCAUUCCCUUCUUCAUGUACCUUAUCUCACUUACACCCAGUGCAAAAUACGAGGCAUAGGGAUGGACUGCAAAACAAAAGGAAGAUCCAGGCUGCACAGUAUGAGGACUGUUUGCCAGAGAUUACACGAGAAUCAAUGUGUAUGAGCAGGAAGAAGAAUGAAACACAAUUUACAGUUCAGGGUGCCAGUUGCACCCUUCAAGAAAGGCCUAAGAGCCAAGAAAGGAGCCUCAGCAGUGCAACAGGCAACAUGAGAAGAGGCCAGAUUGUGUGGACACAAGAUUUUCAACCUCUUCACAAAAAUGUUUUACAGAUGACUAAAGGAAUGCUUGGUAGCAACGUCAGAGGUUACAGUCGUCCAUGUGCAGAAGAUGCUGAAUCCCCAGUUGACAUGUAUCAGAUAAAUAAGGAAAAACCAAGGACAACCACCCUUCACUUGUAUCUUCCUAAAGCGGAAUCCCAAGAAGAAGAACCAGUAGACACUGCCAGGAGUGUAAAUUAUGUCCUAGAAGACAUUCCAUUAAAGGAUCCUGUGGAAAUCUGUCCAUCAAGACAAAACCUUUCAAGGCAAGCAAAACGCAAAGCAACGUAUUUAACAGUUAAAGAAACUCUGCCCACAUGUAAUCUGUCUGUGCAUUAUGGGGGAAAUUAUAAAUGGGCGACUUCACUAUCAUCAAGGAUCCAUGCUUUGCUGGAUGAUAGAAACAAGAAGGACCAAGUUAUGCAGAGUAUCCAGAAGGCUGCUCAUAAUGUGGGAUAUAGAUUAGGAUCUUAUUACCAGGACAAGACAGCAGACAGCUCAGAGUAUGGACUCGAAGUAAAAGCUCUAAGAGACACCCACACAACAUCUGUUAUAUAAUACAAAAGUAUAACCUCUUCUAUACAUCUGAUAUGCAGUUUAUUUUUAUUUUUUACUUAACCACAAAUCCUUAUUAAAAAAUAAAGGCAUAAAGAAAAGUAACACUCACUUGAGACCCAAUAUGUAGGUUGGUGCAUUACACCAAUUUGAAUUAUUUAUUAUGGUUGCUUGCUUCAUUUUAUGUGCAUUGUAUGCAUUUUAUGCAUUGCAUGUAGUUCAUAUUAAUUGAUGAGCUCCAAUUUGCAAAUCUUGUCAAAGCAACCUAAGCUACCAUGACCGGAUAACUUCAUUUUUAAAUAUAUUUAGCCAUUAGUGAAUAAAUUUGCUUGCGUCGCAAGCGCCUUAACCUCAUUUGAAUAAUCAAAGUAUAUGUGGUUUGCAGAAACUAAUCAAACCAAAAUUGUACUGUUGUGAUAUCUUUAUAAUUACAUUUCCCGAAUCUUCUUUUUAAAUGCAAUCAAGAGCAGGUAUUCUGAACAGCUAGAAUAGAAUAACGUUGAUUGGAUUGUUUCAUUCCCUCACUCUUUAAUUAACUCUGUGUAAUUGGAAUUUCUACACUAUAUAUUUUCAGGGAUAUUGGCAUUCGUGAAACACAUGCAGUGAGUAACCUUUGUGUCCAGUGUAGUUAAAGUGUGGGAAGCAAGAUGGUUCUGGAGCAAAUAGUAAAAAAAUCUGAAACACAAGACUAUAUGAACACUAAUUUCAUUCAUUCUCACAGCCAGAGACUACUGUGGCACAAAUCUUCCUUUAACUAGCUCUGCCACAAAAUGUUGUUUUCAAUUGUACGGUUCUGGAAAGUUGCCCUUACCCAACCUGAAAGGAAUGCUGUCAUACUGCCGCAAGCAACUUGUGGCAUUUAUCAUUGUGGCUGCCCGUUCUCUGCAAUCACUUUUCUGUGAUGUCUGCAAGACUUUCUUUGAAGUUUUGUUAAAGAGAUGCCAGACAGACUUGUCACUUAGAUUAAUAAGGGACAGUAGCCCAACAAUCAUUGUUAUGAAUGGUGAAACCCAUGGAAACCACUACCUGACUGAUUAGAUAUGAAAACACUAAGUUACUAAUAUCACUGUGGUUCAUGACAUCAUGUACUGGGAUGAGAUCAAUUGGGAGAGCACUGGUAUAAUCAAUAUAAUGCGAAAAAUUAUUCUAAGUAUGAAUUAACCAUUUUCAUAUUUCAAUAAAUUA